AUGGACGGCUUCCGGCUGCCGCCCGUCAUCGAGGAGGUGUUGGACCCCUCUGACGAGCUGUGUGAGCUGAAGGAGGACAAACCCGGCAUGCUGGCCGAUUCCUUGACUGCCAAGGAGAGGGAGUCCAUGGAGGAGAAGGAGGAGCCUGAGGGAGACGGAGAGAAGGGGCAGCAGGAGGAAGAGAUGGAACUGGAUGAGACUCGAGAAGUUUCUCAGCGACACGAGGAGAGCUUCACGGAGCUGCAAGGUCUGCUGGAUGAGGAGCGGCUGGCGAGCGCCCAUCAGGCGGAGAGCUUCACCCGGCAGAUCCAGAGGCUGCAAGCUCAGCUUCGGUCGGCGCAGGAGGAGAUGAGCAGCCUGGAGGAGGAGAAGGAGAGCGAGGUGGCCGAGGUCCAGCAGGAGCUGCGCUCGGCUCAGGAGGAGGUGCUGGUGCUGCAGCAGGCGGCCGAGGAGGCGGCGGCAGAGAGGGAGAACGACAUCGCCUCCCUGCAGGAGGAGCUGUGCCGCCUGCGGGUGGAGCUGCAGCGCCUGCACGCCACGGCGGCCGAGUACGAGCUGGAGGUCACCUCGCUGAGAGCCGAGCUGAGCAUGAAGAGCCGCCGCACGGCCCGCUCAGGUGACGUGACUCAGCUGCAGCAAGAGUUCAUUUCUCUGACUGAUGAGCGUCAGACUCUGAGCAGCGACAACAGGGAAUUGAGCAACAAGUUGGAGCAACUGCUGCAGCAACGAGACAUGUGUGAUGACUCGCACCUGGAAGUCAGAGCUGAGGGCCAAACUGAGGAUGAGGAUCAGCUGAAGGUGGUUUCCUUCAUCACUCUGUCCCAGUCCAGACCCGAACUGCAGAGUCUGGACUCGUCAGCGGUCCAGGAUGAAAUCAGGACCCUGAAGGUCCAGCUGAGAAUGGCAGAGGAGUUGGCACUCAAGGUCCAGCUGGAGUGUGAAGGUCUGAAGAAGGAGCUGGAGGAGCUGCAGCAGCUGCAUGAAGGCAGCCAGCGGGAGCGAGCGGCUCUGCAUCUGCAGCUGCAGAGCUGCAAGGCGGAGCUGCAGGAGCUGCUGGGACGAAAGUUGCAGAAAAGCCACUCUGAAGGCUGGAACACGGCGGUGGCGGCGAUCGCUGUGGCGGCCAUUUUGGUUCUGGUUGUCCCCAGAUUUACCAGGGCCUGAGGACUAACAGGAAGUGACCUCACAGCAUGCUGUGGGAACCUGCUGGCUUGCUUUCAUCUAUCCAUGAUGUCUCCAUGAGGCAACGCUGCACAGACGUCAGAGUGGAGGAAAGACUGAUUGUUCCUGGAGGUCAGCAGGUCACUCAGCUCUGGGCUUUGCAGAUCUACAACUAUGAUCCAUUUUUAUUCCACAGUUAGCAUUAGAGCAACGUGUUGGAUGUGUGACUGACUGAGAAUUCCUACAGAAAACUAUCAUGAUAUUAAAAUGGUGAAAAUGUCACUAAUUAGAGACUUUUUAUAUUAAUCACAAUUUUAUCAAAAACUUAAUCUGACAUGAGAAGCAGAGUUUCAAAGUUUCUCCAGUUAACAUGAAGCUUGUCUGAUGACCAACUCAAACAACAGAUAUGAGCAACUUUCACCGAGACUGGAGAGUUGAGGUAAAUAUCAGUUCAUGAUUGGAGAACGUUCCCGUCCUCAAGCACAAAUUGUUACAGUUCUGGGGAUUCUGGAUCAUAAAUCUGCAUUUUUAGAUUUGCAUAUAAUUUUUAAACAGUCAUUUAAUAAUUGUAACUUGAUCGAUAAUGACAUGCAGAUUUUUCACAGAAAACUUGCUUAAGUUGGUUGUUUAAAUGACAAGUUUCAGGUCAAAGUUUUUGGACUUUUCCUCUUGAAGCAGAUUGAAUUCCUCCAGAAAGCAUCAAGCCCAAAUGUUGUAAAAUGUUCUCCAGUUAGUUCAUCCCAUAAAAGAGCAACCUGGUCCACACGUUGGAAACGUUCUGGAAACUCACAUUUCAAUCUGCAAAUUGCAAAUCAAGCCAGCAGUUCUCUCUAGCAUCCACCAGGGGGCGUUGCAGCUUCCUCUGCAGCCCUUAUUGCUGGAGAGAAGAAACGUCUGUUUGGUUCUGUUUGGUUCUGUUUGGUUCUGUUUGGUUUUGAAGGGAAGCGUUUCGGCGCUGAAUCCAUGAGUGAUGGGCGGGAAAGUCUUUCCACUGUUCAGCUGAUAAAUGGAGGAUUUAUUCCUGACAUUCCAGACACGUCACUUGUAUUUAGGUCUUUAUCGUCUCUUCCUGAACUAAAGUAACUCUUUGCUCAUACUGAGUUGCUCCGACUAGCAGAAACUGUAGCGAGGGGAACUUUAAGGUUUUCUUCAUCCAUUGACUUCAGUCUGCUUGAUGCUUCUUGUGUUUUUAUCUAAUGAUUGAUGUUAUUGACCAGCAAGAAAAAGUCUGAUGCAUUCAGCUUUAUUUUCUCUAAUAACUCCUUUAUAACGUGACAAAAGUUCCAUUCUGUGUUUGUAGCCAAUGUAGCAGUGAAGCUUAUUGAACUGAUUACACUGUGGUAAUGAUACCAAAGUUGCUUUAAAAGUUGUCAUAUUUUAGCACAGAUUUGUGUAAGAGACUGUUCACGGGAUUGAGUUCAAUAAAGCUUUGUUUACUUUGAUAGUGGGGGGAAAACUGACUGGAAAAGUAGCUCUGAUUUAAUUCAGCUCCAAAAUAUUCCUUUAAUUCCAAAGAGAAAUGAAAUGAAACAGAACCAGAACAGAACCAGAGUUCUUAAUCAGGUUGCUGAGCCUCAUCUGGUCCUGGUUCUGGUUCUGGUCCUCCUAUAGACCCUUCUCUGUCUCCAGUCCAGCCUGUGUAGGUGAUCACUGGGGGUUCUAUAAUCCUCUGCUGUGAUGGAAACAGGGUUUGACCUUUGACCUUUCUCUUGAACACUUGUUGGCAGUAAGGGUGAUGUAAUCAGAGUAUUUCUGGAGACGACAGAACUCAGACUGCGGGACGUCUUCCACAGCACUGGAACAAUCCGUCCAUCUGGUCCUCCUCCUGCUCGCAGCUUGAGAUCCUCUGAUUUGGUUCCUCUGCAGUUUGUCCUCCAGAUUCUUCUCGGUAGGAUGAGGCUAAUCUGGACUGCAGCUGCUUCUGUUCCCCAAUCUCGUUCCCUAAAGGCUCUUUGGUUCCUUCAGGUCCCUGCUGAUCCAGGGUUUGUUCUCGCUGCUGUAGUGGCGAUGCAGAGGUUCAUAUAUCAGACAUGGAUCUGAUGUCAUCUCCAUGAGGCUGGCAGAGAGCAAUCCGAUCAGUGGCCUCAAAAGGAGCCAGUAGGGUUCCUUCUGCUUCCUGUGAUUGUCUUCUCGCAGUAUUCUUCUUCAGAGAUUGCCUCUGGAUAGCGUCUCUGUAUUCCCAGCAGAGAAUAGAAAGAAAAUAUCUGAUUUUGUUAGGGGAGGUCUUGCAGUGGAGAUGUUUGCAGAUGUUUGGUUUCAUCUGGCAGUAGAGCUGAUUGAGUGUUAACAUGUUGGAAGUGUAGCAGAGAGUGAGACAUAAUUCAGAUCACCAGACAUUGUCAGAAACACGUUGUGUCUGUAGUUUAGCAACAACUGACUGAUGAUUCAUGUGCAGCUGAUGGUGGGAUGGAAACAGCUGCCAAAAUAACUCUGGUGAAUAAGAUGCAUAAAAACUUGAUGCUAAUAUAUGAUGAGAGAAUAUUUUCCAUGUCCUGUACCGUAUGUGAAACUCAACUAGUGGAACUCUUUAACAUCCCAGUUCAGACAGGAUGAAUAAAGAAAACUUUGUCUCCUCAAUGUAAAAAUGUGAUGUUGAUUCUCUUUCAGCAGCAGCUGCACAAUGAUGUCAGUAGAAAUGCUGAGUAAAAGGAAGAAGACCAAAGACGUUGCCUUGUGGAACAACCAGAUGUUUCUUUGUUCAGUUAUUUGUGUUUUUAAAACAUUAAGUCACAUCUCAGUGUUCACCACAUUCAGAAAUCUUUUCAAAUAAAUUCCAGUAUGAUUUAAUGUAGACCAUAAAAAAAGUUUAGGGUUCUUUAGCUAUUGGCAGAAUCCACAUUUACUGAAUGAACCCAAAAUGAAGCUUGGCUGAUUUUCCAAACACAAACAUCCAGAUUUGAUUUUUAACAUUUUGUCAGGUAACAAAAUGUUAAUGUUCUGAUUUUAGGUGAGUUUAUGCUCAUAUUUGACUGGAGACCAAAAUAUAAAGUGAAAUGAAACUGGUUCUGAUCAGUGGAGACACAGUGCCUUGGAGCAAGAAGGUUCUUGGCUCAAAUUCCUGCACACAGUCUGAACUCGAUGUGUCCGGUUAUUGGACCAAACCUUUCAUGAACCUUUCAGCGGUAAAAAUGUCUGCAACAAUCUAGAAAACCGAACGUCUGAACAGUGAGGAUCUGGAUGUGAACCAGCAGCUUCCUGCAGCUUUUCUACACUUUCUGUAAAUUCCAAGCAGAGAUCAACACAAACAUUUCAGCAAACAAUCUGAUUUCUUCAGUUUUUGAUAGAAGAGUCCAGCGGUGAACUCUGGGCUCUUUGCCGUUUUUAGUUUUAAUCAAGUUCAAGUACAAACUGUCUCUAAAUCAACUCUGCACUCAGACCUGCACACCAACAGCAACUUUGAAUUUUUACUUUUAGUUGUUUGAGGUUUUCUAUUUGUUGGGAUUAUCUUGCGUUGCCUCUGGAGGUCAAAGGUCAAUAACCUAGAAGGAUUGAGUCGUAGUUGUUUAUCAGAAAACGAUGUUGAACUGUCAUUCUGCAUGCGACGUUAUGAACAUGAAUAACCUGCAUGGUUCUGAUCCAGAAGUUCAGCUCAGAUGCUUGUUCUGUAAUUUUCUGCACUAAUAAAAAUGUUUUAUGUCUCAAA